ACUUCCGGCUGCUUCCCCCUUUAGUAGGGAUGUUGGCCAUUACGAUGGAUGUUUGUGAACUAAGUGCGUUACAAUCGUUGCGUAGUGUAUAGUCGUAUAAUUUUUUUUUUGUUAAAAAAAAAAAAAAAAAGAAGAAGAAGAAGAAGAAGUCACAUUUUAUUAAUUACGAUAAAAUAUUGUAAUACGAUCAUAUGAAAAUCAUUUGAUCGUUACGUACCUUUACGUAUACCGAUUGUUCUAUAUACUUUGACGAAAGAAAGAAGAAUUUUUCUACCGGUGUAAUGGCCGAUGUAGAAGGAAAGAAGUUGACCGAGCUUCGUGUUAUAGAUCUUAAAACAGAAUUAGAACGACGUGGUUUAGAUAAAACGGGAAAUAAAGCGGCACUUCUUGAACGUCUCUCUAAGGCUAUAUCUGACGAUGGAGAAAAUCCAGAGGAAUAUCUCAUUGUGCCUUGUGGUGGAGUCUGCAAAACCAGCCCACGAAAAAACAGUGUCACAGGAGUACCUAAUCAAGAUGAUACUCUGGAAUCAUCUGAAAAUCAAAAAGAAGAAAUUCUAGAACAAAUAAAAAAAGAAAAUAUAGAUACGCAAGAUGCUAAUGAUUCAAAGACAAAGUUAAAACCAAAACUUUCAUGUGAAGAAAAUCUUAUUGUUAUUAAGAAAGAGGACGGAUCAAAUGAUGCUUCUGAUAAUUCCCCAAAAGAAGUAGAAGUCAAACAAGAAACGAAACCAACAAUUGUAAAUAAAAUUACAACUGAAAGUGGACAAACAUUUGAGAAGAAAAUUGAAACUGAGAAGACACCUACAUCAAAUCAGUCUUCGACUACAGGCGCUGUGGAAGCCAAUGGAAUGGACAAUGAAGAUUCUAUUAAUUUAACUAUUGGAGAAGAUGAAGAGAAUCUCCUUGCCGAGGAGACAGAAUCCCAUGAUAGACAUAAAGUGCUCAGGAAAGUUCCUGAUCGAGAGCACGAGCCAUUAAACAGGAGUGUUAGGGAGGGAGAAGAAUCAGGCUUGGCAGAAAGUGACUAUGCUACCUUGAUUGUCUCUGCAGAUGGAGGUGAGAAGAAGAAAAUGGAAGAGAACAAGAAGGGAGACUCUAAAGGGAGCGGUAGAGCAGAAGCUGGUGCCAGCAACAAGGAAGGGACAACGUCUGGUGCAAACGUCGGGAUGAAGAACAAGCAGGAUGGUGGCGAUGGAAGCAAGAGUGUGGAGUCCAGCAGCAAAAGUCAGAAGAGGGAAGAUAAAGAUAAGAAGACUUCUCAAAUCAAUCCUGUUAAUGCAAGUAGCAGGAAUCUGUGGGUAUCUGGAUUAUCGUCGAGUACUCGGGCUACUGAUUUGAAGCAGAUAUUUUCGAAAUAUGGAAAGGUGAUAGGUGCCAAAGUGGUUACCAAUGCUAGAACUCCAGGCGCAAGAUGUUAUGGUUAUGUUACUAUGUCUACCAGUGAAGAUGCUGCAAAAUGUAUACAACACUUGCAUCGAACUGAAUUGCACGGUCGUGUAAUAUCCGUCGAGAAGGCCAAAGGAGAUUCUCAACAGAGUCAUAUGCGUAAACGCGAUGCGGCAAAUGGAAAGUCAGAGAAAAAAGAAGAAAAGGAUAAGGCAAAAGAUAAUCAUGAAACUAACGAAAGAAAAGAAAAGGAAGCAAAGAAGGAGGGUGAAGAAAAAGGGCCUGAACAAGCAAAAAAGAACGAUGAAAAAAAUGAAAAUAUCGAUGUUAAGAAAACUGAACCAGUGGAUAAAAAGGAAGAGAUAUCCAAGGAAUCUGAUUCUCGAUCAACAAAAUCUACCAGCAAGAAACCAGAAAGUGAAAGAGGCCGACGUGAAGAUAAACGAAUUCGUUCGUGGGAUCAUCAUCGUUCGUACAGUCGUUCGCGUAGUCGAGAACGCCGUAGACGAGAUGAUGUGCUUACUUUUGCUAAAAUAAGGCAAUUUACGAUAUUACAGGAGGAACGUGAGAGACAGAGAUUACGUGAACGUGAAAGAAUGUUACGAGAGGAAGAAAGAAGACGACGCGAGGAUAUGGAAAGACAACGGGAAAUUGAACGUAGACAGAGAGAGGAAGCGGCUAGAUUGGAAAGGGAACGUGAGAAAUUGAGAAGGGAGAGAGAAAGGAUAGAACAAGAAAAAGCAGAAUUACUUCGUUUGGAACGGGAACGUCAGAAAUUGGAAAGGGAGAAAUUGGAACGCGAGAGAUUGGAAUUAAAGAGACAACAAAUGCGUUUGGAGGAAAGUAGACGUGCUCCUCCUCCUCCCUCGAUCAAGAGAUCAUCUAGUGACAGAAGGGAUCCUAGAGAUUUAUACGUAGAACCAGAAAGAAAACGUAUGACUACGGAACAUAGUAGAAGACAUAGUCCAGAUCGUGUGAGUGAUAGACGAACUGAGAUCAUAGAUCGUGUUUCGGAUAGACGAUUAGAUCCAUCACCACCUACGCGUUACGAAUCUAGCAGAUCUACGCAAGACAUGGGAUUAAAGAAAGAAUUCAAACGUAGUAGCGAAUUUACAUCAAGAAGUAGUCGUCCGGAAACAUUUUCCGACGUAUCACGUGGAAGAGAAGUAAUCGUACGUCGUGAAUCUCUUUCUGCGACAUCCUCGUCUAUUGAUCCACGACAAGUUAAAGAAAGUGUUAGAUACGAACGACCUAGUACUACAACAUAUACUCGAGAACGUGAGGUACGACGAUCUGAACCAGAGUCGCAUAGAAAUUCUAGGGAUAGUCAUACGCGUUAUAGUGAAAGCUUCAAACCACCGAGCUCGAGUGCACCCCGUGAUAGCCGUUAUAUAGAAAGUAAUAAAACACCAAGUGGAUGGCACUCGGUUCCACAAUCUACAAAAUCAUUUAAUUCUGUCCCGAGUAGCGGUACACGGGAUCCACGUAAUGAACCAUCGGGUUGGAGUUCUAGAUCAUCGGACAGUGUCAACAGAUGGAGCAAUUCGAGCAGUAUAGGUAAUACUUUACGUCAUCCUGUACCGCCAACUUAUCCGAGUGGCCCCAUACAAUCCAUGGGAUUAACAGCACCGGGAACAGCUACUUCGUAUGAUCGAUUUGAUCCAUAUAAAUCAUCUAUGUCUAGUAUGAGAAAAUACUUGUGUUGGAAUGUACGUGAAAACUUGCUGGAAAUUUUUUUAACGAUGAUGUUCUCUUCAUUACUUCUUAAAUUUUUUUUAAUAUGGAAUAUAUUCGGUGGAGCUCUUUCGUAUACCGAAGAGAUUGUACGAUAUCAUGGUCAACCAUUAGGAUAUAGAAUGCCAACGUCUUAUGGACCACCGACGCGUGGAUGGUCAUCGGAAAUAUGGAAUCCUGGGGUACGAAGAACAGGAAGUCAAUUGUACAGAAGGGACGUUCAAAUUCGACCGCCCCAUGUACACUUCGUUAAGAUCGAAGAAGAACAAACUGAUCCUUUGGCGACUUUAAGCGAAACAUUAGGUGCAUUGAAUACUGUGGGAAGUUAUAUCGUUAAUAUGACGAGAGGAAUGGAAAAUUCAAGUAGUCCGCCAAAAGAACUUCCAUCUGCAUUAUAUACCAUUUCGAAAAAUAUUUUAGGACUCAAUGUAACAGACAGUAUAGCACCAUUGGUAAGAAGAGGUGUUGGCUUAACAUCCAAACCAUCAAUCAAGAUACAAACAACAGCAGCAACAGCAGCAGCAGCAGCAACAACAGCAACAACAACGACGACGACAACAACAACGACAACAUUAGAACCUACAGUCAUAGCGAUAACACCAACAAAUUUAUCAAGACCUAUUUCUCAAGCACUUCCUCAACAAUCAGUGGAAUUAGCUAACAGAGAUAGAGAUUCUUUAUUACCUACAUGCAUUACGGCAGAGGGUUCAUCGGGAAAAUGUCAAGAUCUCAGCAAUUGUCCGCAAUUGCUGUUGGAUUUAAAAAAAUUAAGACAAUCAUUAUGCUUUAAAAGUAUAUUUGUACCUGGUGUUUGUUGUCCUACGAAAAAAUCAGACGAUUUAUCGGAUGAUGGAAUAAUUACUGGUACUAUUUCACCGGCAUUAAUUCAAACCACUGUUCGACCUAUUCGACCACCAUAUCGUCCUAUAAAACCACCUACACCACGACCUAUACCAUUGUAUCCAGUUGAUUCAUCUACUUUAGAACCAUCGACCGGAACGAUCCAGAUGCCAGACUUGUCAAUUAAUAAUUCGAACAAUGUCGAGACAUUAGGCACCGUCGACAAUAAUUACAUACAAGACGACGAAGAAUGUGGAGUGAGAAAUUCUGGAAAGUAUAGGGUCGUUGGAGGUGAAGAAGCAUUGCCAGGACGUUGGCCAUGGAUGGCAGCUAUUUUUCUUCAUGGUUCUAAACGUACAGAAUUUUGGUGUGGAGGCUCCUUAAUUGGACCACGGCACAUCCUAACUGCUGCGCAUUGUACGAGAGAUCAACGACAACGACCAUUCGCCACAAGGCAAUUCACAGUACGCCUUGGUGACAUAGAUUUAGAAAGAGACGACGAGCCGUCCUCACCAGAAACUUAUGCUGUUAAAGCGAUUUAUGCUCAUCCAAAAUUUUCUCGAGUUGGUUUUUACAACGAUAUCGCUGUCCUUGAAUUAAACAGACCUGUGAAAAAGUCACCCUAUGUAAUACCAAUAUGUCUACCACAGGGACGCUUUCGUAGCGAAGCGUUUGCUGGUGCUAGACCAACUGUGGUUGGAUGGGGAACAACCUAUUAUGGUGGAAAGGAAAGUACAGUUCAACGACAAGCAGUAUUGCCCGUAUGGAGAAAUGAGGACUGUAAUGCGGCUUACUUUCAACCAAUUACGAGUAAUUUCUUAUGCGCUGGUUACAGUCAAGGUGGCAAGGACGCUUGUCAAGGUGAUUCAGGUGGCCCGUUAAUGUUAAGAGCCGAAGGUCGAUGGAUGCAGAUAGGCAUCGUAUCUUUUGGUAACAAAUGUGGUGAACCUGGUUAUCCUGGUGUUUAUACGCGUGUCACGCAAUAUCUCGAUUGGAUAAAAGGCAAUUUAAAAUAAAUUCAUUAUAUGUAUAUUUUUGACAUGUGCCAAGGAAUAAUAAAUGGCAUUUUUUUUUGUACAGUUUCUAAACAUGUACAGUAUAAUGUCAAUUUGAUUUAUUAAUCAUAUUAUUGUGAAUACAUAAUAAUGUGACCAAGUGUAUAUUCAUUGAAUAUAUGUAAUUUAUUGUUAUUAUAUAUAUAUAUAUAUGUGUA